CUUCAUCCAAACAUUGGCUGAACCCUAUAGAGCCCAACUACGUCCGCCCGAAAGUAUCCUGUCUUUAAAAUUCAUCCUACACCUCCAAUCAAUCAUGAGUCAAAAGAGAUAUUGAAAUAAUUUCGCAUUCGCAAGCGCAAUCCUAUCGUGGACACGUUGACCUUGCAUCCUCUAUCCAUUCCAUGUUAUCCUACUGAACAAUACACGAUGGAAUAUUCCUCAGGGGCCUACUCUUCCCAGGCUCCCUCUCCCGAAAAGUCGUGCGAGCUCUACAUACGCGACUAUCCUCAUCGAUCCAUCGCCAUUGUUUCAACCUCACACACUCUGAUUUUUCGAUAUACUACCUCCACCAGUGAAGCCAUCGCGAACGGCUCGCUUACAUCCUUAGCUGCGCCUACGAGGAGCCGCGGAAACCCCGGCGAAGCCUUGGUAUCGAAAUGCAUGGUCGAGUUCGCACCUGUGGCGAAGCAUCUGCUGCAGGACUAUCGCCGUCUGACACAUCGACCGAUCUACGGGACACUAGGCUUGAUCACAGUUAACAGCGAGGUCUUCCUAUCCGUCAUUACGCAUGCGACACGUGCUGCCACCUUGCGGCCUGGCGAGACUGUUGAACGUAUAAAUGGAGUAGCGUUCUACUGCCUGAGUAGCGCGGACUACGACGAUGUUGUUCCUCUCGAAUCACUUGAUCCAGAGUUUUCGGAUUCUGCAUCGGUGCAAUCUGGUCCCUAUGGGCAAGGCCUUGGUCGAAGAGAAGUUGCCGUGGAGCACCCAUGUCAUGAGCUUCGCAACCUACUAAGCAACGGAACAUUUUACUACAGUACAGAUUUCGAUCUCACAAACCGGCUUCAAGACAGACCAAUCAAUUCCAACUCGUUCGAAAUCGACAAUUUUGACGAUGGGUUUCUCUGGAACUCGUUCAUGAUUAGGCCUCUUGUCGAGUUUCGUUCCCGCCUCAUGCCUAAUGAACGAGCUGCACUUGAUUCGUCACGGAUACUGACAUCAGCAAUUCGUGGUUUCUGUAAAACCAUGACAAUUCCGCUAAGCUCUUCGCCCCUGAAGAAUCCCAAAUCUGGAAUGCCUUCUUUUAUGACUCUCAUAUCUCGACUAUCCUGUCGCAGAGCUGGAACUCGCUUCAACUCACGAGGUAUUGAUGAUGAUGGGCACGUGGCAAACUUUGUUGAGACUGAAACCACUUUCUGGAGCCCGGCAGGAACCAUGUUCUCCUAUGCUCAAGUGCGUGGAUCAGUGCCUGUCUUUUGGGAGCAAGCCGCCGACCUCAUUCCCGGUCGGCAGAAGAUCACAGUCACCAGAUCUCCCGAUGGGACACAGCCGGCCUUCAACAAACAUUUUGAGGAGCUUGAGCAAUCGUACGGAGCUGUCCAUGUCAUCAAUCUUCUUAGUGAGACAAAGCCUGGCGAGGUUGAGCUCAGUACACUCUACCACAAUGGUAUCAAACACUGUCCGUUAAGCCGUGCUGGCCCAGACGGAUCUUCGGAUCAUGCUCUUUUGCGAGAAACCAACUACGAUUUCCACGCAGAAACGAAAGGGCCAGCAGGAUAUGAGGCUGCCCGAGAUAUUCGCCGCUAUAUUGAGGACUCUACGGACGGUUUUGCCUACUUUCUUGCGGAGGAGACAAGCGAAUCGAGAUACGACCAUGAUGGCUCUGGACAAGCUCGUAUGGUGGUUGUGCUUCUUCAGGAGGGUGUCUUCCGAACCAAUUGUCUGGACUGCCUUGAUCGAACUAAUCUUGUGCAGACCAUGAUCUCACAGAUGGCAGUUGAGGCCUUUCUUGGGCACCGGGGUGAAUUUGCUGCCUCUGACUUCUGGAUGAGGCAUUCCAGUCUCUGGGCAGACAACGGCGACUCUUUGUCCAAAACCUAUGCUGGGACAGGCGCGCUCAAGUCAUCUUUCACGCGUCACGGAAAGAUGUCUCUUGCAGGGGCUGUAGCUGACGUGCGAAAGUCUGUCCAACGUAUCUAUCACAACAACUUCCUCGACCCCUCUCGUCAAAUCACUAUUGACAUGCUUUUGGGUCGCCUUGUUGGGCAAGCACCGGUCCUUCUGUUCGAUCCCAUCAGCGAUUUUGUUUCAACAGAACUGUCCAAGAGGAGCAGCGAGUUCACGUCAUACAACAGCAUCACCAUGUGGGUUGGCACAUUCAACCUCAAUGGCCGUACCGAAGGCGUCGAUGAUGAUCUUGGCCCUUGGUUAUUCCCGGAGGCCUUGGGAGCUGCGCAGCCGGACAUCUAUGUUGUUGGUUUUCAAGAAAUUGUAGAGCUCAGUCCGCAACAGAUCAUGAACAGUGACCCAUCGCGGAAGAACCUAUGGGAGCAGGCCGUGAAGCGCAAUCUUAACGAUCGACAAAAGCGAUUGGGGGGUGAGAGGUAUGUGUUGCUACGGAGCGGGCAGCUGGUUGGAGCAGCACUCUGCAUUUUUGUAAAGACGCCCAGUUUGGCCAACAUUAAGAACGUGGAGGGUAGCGUGAAAAAGACUGGCAUGUCUGGUAUGGCUGGAAACAAGGGUGCUGUGGCGAUCCGAUUCGACUAUGCCAAUUCUCGUAUAUGUUUUGUCACGGCGCAUCUGGCGGCUGGCUUUUCAAACUACGAUGAACGCAACCGGGAUUAUGCAACAAUCCAUCACGGUUUACGCUUCCAGCGGAACCGGGGAAUUGAUGAUCAUGACGCCGUCAUCUGGCUGGGCGACUUCAACUAUCGCAUUGGGCUCAACUCGGAAACCACGCGUGCGUUGGUGAAGAAGCGUGACUUUGAGACGCUAUACGAGAACGAUCAGCUCAAUCUGCAGAUGGUAGCUGGAUUGUCGUUCCCCUUUUAUUCUGAAGCUCGCAUCACGUUCCCUCCGACGUACAAGUUUGACAUAGGAACCGAUGACUAUGAUACCUCUGAGAAAGCUCGCAUUCCUGCGUGGACGGAUCGCAUUCUCAGGAAGGGUUCCAACCUCAGACAGAUCUUGUAUAACUCGGCACCUCUCAAAUUCUCAGAUCACCGACCUGUCCACGCUGCUUUCGAAUGCAGGGUGAGUAUCGUGGAUGAGCAGCUGCGAGAUAAGAUCAGUAAGGAGUUGUAUCAACGUCGAAAGGCCGAGGUCGGGGACGCAACAGCUCAUCUUGGCACUGGCGAGGACAGCGAUGAUGAAGAUCUCAUUGGCUACGAUUCUAUCGAGCCAGGGCUUCCUCCCGCGAGUUCGGAUCGCCAGAAGUGGUGGCUCGACAACAAGCAGCCCGCUCGUGCCGCUGUACCUGUGCCCAAACCCAGAAACGGGCAAGCCGUGGGGCUCAAUCCCAAUCGUCCUUCGAAUCCUUUUGGUCUUACUGAAGAGCCGGACUGGAUCUCUAUUCCAAGAUCGUCGUCGAAGGCAUCUCUGUCCAGCAUGUCCAGUUCACCAUUUGAAAAAGUCAACUUGCCCAACGUCAUGGCAUCGGGGUCAGGUAUUCAACCCCGAAAGCUACCACCCCCAUACGACCCGUCAGCAUUGCCAGCUAAGGUCGGGCGCAUGAAUCUCCUAGACGACAAUGCUCCUUUAGGCCAUGUCGAGACGCCACCUCCGCCACCACCCCCGCGACGAGGAACAUCAGGAGUAGCAGCAAUGGGACAGACACCACCGAGCAACGGGUUUGGUCUCAAUAGGGUGCAGACUCAACCGCUGCCUCCGCCUCUUCGGCCUACAUCGGCAGCUUCUCAUGCGUCCCAGUUCUCGCAGAACAGCAAGGCUGGGAAACCUGCGCCGCCGGUAGCAAAGAAGCCUGCACAUCUGACCACGACAUCGCCAAGCUCAAGCCCAGCACUGAGCCAGAGUGCCAUGGAUGACGACUUUCGGCCACCGCUGCCAACAAGGGCUCAUACCGGAGGUCUUACAGGAAGUCCUCACUCACAGGGCAUCGGAGCCGCCUCGCGGAAGCCGGUAGCGCCUCCGAAGCCUGGCAUGAACGGAACCGGUGCAAAAGCGUCUAGCUCGAUCGGAGCGGUAGAGCUGCCCGGUAUGACAGGCGGAGUGCCAUCUCGCCGGGCAGCGCCGCCAGUACAGCCCAAGCCGCAGUUACCGCAACAGGACCAAAGCCAGCAUCAACGGCAAGGAUCUACGGAUCUGUUAGGAUCCCUAGGUGAGGGUCAAGAGGUAGGAGGAUGGGAAACGCUGAAGCCGAGCACGAAGGCAUAG